GACCCUGCAUUCACUAUAUCCGCUCUCCCCGGACCCCGCAUUCACUAUAUCUGCUCUCCCCGGACCCUGCAUUCACUAUAUCCGCUCUCCCUGGACCAUGCAUUCACUAUAUCUGUUCUCCCCGGACCCCGCAUUAACUAUAUCCGCUCUCCCCGGACCCCGCAUUCACUAUAUCCGUUCUCCCCCGGACCCUGCAUUCACUAUAUCUGGUCUCCCCGGACCCCGCAUUCACUAUAUCUGCUCUCCCCGGGCUCCGCAUUCACUAUAUCUGCUCUCCCCAGACCCCGCAUUCACUAUAUCUGCUCUCCCCGGACCCCGCAUUCAUUAUAUCCGCUCUCCCCGGACCCUGCAUUCACUAUAUCCGCUCUCCCCAGACCCCGCAUUCACUAUAUCUGCUCUCCCCGGACCCCGCAUUCACUAUAUCCUCACCGCUCUCCCCGGACCCCGCAUUCACUAUAUCCGGUCUCCCCAGACCCCGCAUUCACUAUAUCCGCUCUCCCCGGACCCCGCAUUCACUAUAUCCGCUCUCCCCGGACCCCGCAUUCACUAUAUCCGCUCUCCCCGGACCCCGCAUUCACUAUAUCCGCUCUCCCCGGACCCCACAUUCAC